UUUUGAGGUGAGAAAGUUGAAAUGACUUUUUUCCGAUAGAGUAGCACGCGCAGAGCGAGAUGUAGCGGGUAUUUGGGGCCAAGUUCAACUAGGCCACACUGUCUAUAUCGCUGCUUUACCAGCAACUAAUUAUCAGUUUGUAAUUAGUCGCCAUUGGUAGAUUGAAGCCUGGCUGGCACGAUGUCUGAGUGGUCGGCAGUGGGCUAGCAAAACAACAGCUGACAUAUCUCCAUCUCUCAUAUCGGCGCUACUUUUUGUUUCCUAAAAUAAUGCCGAGAGAUGCGCUGUGAUGACUUUUGACCUCAAUUUGAGUUGCACAAUGUAGUCUCUUUUGGGACCCCGUUUCUUCAGGUUAGCGGAGAGUGAUAUUGUGCCCUAGUCUCCUCGGUCCUGAAAUGCAACUGCUCACCCCUUGGGACCCAAAUAAUCAGAAUUCUAUAAAACCAAGGCCAGAAGUUGGUGUGUAAGUGCAUAAGCUAGGCUGGAGGCUGAUUCUGUAGGCGCUUGUCCGGAGACAGACUUAGUUGUAACUCGCCCGGAGGCUGAUUCGUUGCUAUCUGGUCCUGAGGCUGUACUCUGCUGACCUUUACUCUGCUGACCUUUACACUGCUGUGUUACUUGGUGACACACAGCUAUUCAUACAGAUACACACAGAUGUUCACACAGGUCGACAAGACUCAAUGACUUACCACGAAACAGAAAAGCUGACAGAUUCUACAUACACAGGGAGGAGCCUACAAGACCGACUAACCAGACAGGGCCAGCUUCCAGUAACUCCACAUCGUCAAGCCUCCACACUGGAUCAUCACCAGCGACUGUAAUACAAGUGACACAUGCUUCUGUCGGACCAAACACAAGGUCAAGAAGACUGUCCACAUGGCUGUGUGAUCACUCUGACCAGGACUGCACAAAGACUGGACAUCAACAAUUGAAGCUGCUUGGGUUAAAACGAAAGUUCUCAAAAAUUUGUGAAUGCCAUCACUUCGAUCGCCUGUACAUCAGAGGUGUGGCCAAAUAUUGGACACAGUUCCACCUCGGUAACACUGGACAGAGACAGCUGGUUAACUGUGUCCACAUACACCUGCAGACGGAAAUACAGAUUAGUUUACUUCAGUGAUCCCUGGACGACAGCAUGGAAGUUGACGUUUAAUUUGGACAAAAGAGUUGACAUACAAUCAUUAAAGGAAAGGAUGAAAACUAUGACAGAAUAGAGGAAAAGAAAUGAAGAGUAAUGCAGCAUUAUGGACUUUGAGCCCUUAAGUCCUUCCCCUGGGACCCAGCCCAGCCCCGAUAUGGCACUCACUCUUACCUCAGCCCCUAACUCCUAUGGGGGCAAGCUUUCCCCCAUCAGCAAGUACCACAUAGAACAAGGAUCAGAAUCUGGCAUACUAUUUAAUUCCAAGAGCCUAGGUGAAUCAGACACUGCUAAUCUAAGUUUAAAGUUCAAGUUGCCAGUUCCAGGAAAUAACGAAACGACCAAUGGAUCUGGAUCAGCAGAGUCUGGCAUGGAGUCUUCAGACUCGAUAUCCAGUGCCUCCCCCACAGGGAAGGAAGAAGAGGAAAUGAAUGAGGAGGAAGAAGAAGAAAGUUUGGUGAAGGACGAUGAGCCUGUUGACUGUGCUAACUGUGACAAUGGUUACCCUUCCUUACAGUUGUACAUGGAACACAAAUGUGCGGGGUCCGAUCAGUCACCAUUCAGGAGGAGAACCUCACGAGAAAGAACAAAACUCUCUUCAAGUAAUAAUGUAGACGAUGACUUCAGUGAUGGCGAGAGUUUUGACGGCAAAAUUGUGUAUAAUUCUGAUGGAUCUGCUUAUAUAAUUGAGGGUGGAGACUCGGAUCUGAGUGAUCUCGAUUCCAUAAUAGACUUGCCGCAUCAGGAAGGUAUUAUCAUAGACAGGAAAGGUAGUGACAUUCACUCACAAGUCUCUGCUUUCCCUUAUGUUGCUAACGCUUUCUUCGUUCCUAGAAAUCCAGCUUCAGUGUUGAACAGUAUUUAUAGUGCUCCCUCGUCCCAUCCCUACCCCAACCAGGCCCCAAUGAUGUUCAGUUACCGUGUGUACGACGUCCGUUCAGGGAAAACAAAGACAGACAAGGCUGAUAGUGAUAGGGAUAGCAGUGUGACUGCUGAUAGGUUAUCUACCUCAGACGCAAGUAAGGGUUGGACAUCGGUCCCAACAAAACCUAUUCUCAUGUGUUUUAUAUGUAAACUGUCCUUUGGUUACGCAAAGUCUUUCACAGCGCACGCUGAAACUGAGCAUUCAAUGACACUUAACAGUGAAGAGGUGACAAUCAUGUCUCAGAAAAAUUCAUCCGCCAUUAUACAAUGUGUUGGCAAGGAGAAAGAACCCCUCAUGUCAUUCUUGGAGCCCAAACCUGGGAAAUCACUUCCAUCUAAUGAAGCCCCUUCUCCUCCCCAAGCCAAACCUUCUUCACAAGAGUUGUUCUCACCCACAAACAUGUUGUGUUCCAGCUACCCCAGUAGCCUGAAAGAUACAACCUCUGUCAGUUUUGUGUACUCCAAGCCAAAGCUUUCUGACAACCUUAUAUCUAACUCAAGUCCACUGAUGAUGCAGUUGAAAUCUGAGAAAUUACACGAUCCUAGUACUCAGGGAUUAUCUGACUCCAGGAGGUCGGAGGUCGCAGGGUGCAGUGCCAAGUCAGGGGUAAACCAUGGUGCUAUGCUGGACUGUGCUAGUAGUGUUCAUAGUCAGGGGAAAAACUAUACCAACUCUGUAUGUAACCUCAGUGAAACCUCAGGAAUCACAGAACAUAGUGGGGGGUCUGAAUUUGACCAUGAAACAUCUUCAGUGAAGGACGUUUCACCUCCGCGUGAGGAGAACAUUUACUCGAGUCCUAACAAUCGCAGACAAAGUCUAGACAUGUCGUCUUCUAGUGCUUCCUAUACUGUGCCAUCUCUUACCAUGUCAUUGCCCAUGGCAACCAGCCACCCGUCAUCAUCAGUGUUUCUAGGGGUGUGCGAGGAUCACCCACAGGGGCGUGCCCAGGGCGUGGAAUGCCCCAAGUGUGACAUGAUUCUGAGCUCUUCUCAAUCGCUCGGCGGUCACAUGACCAUGAUGCAUUCUCGUAAUUCGUGCAAGACACUCAAGUGUCCAAAAUGUAACUGGCAUUACAAGUAUCAGGAGACACUUGAGAUCCACAUGAAAGAAAAGCACCCGGAUAAUGACCAGCAAUGUAUCUACUGUAUGACAAACCAGUCACACCCUCGCCUGGCCCGUGGGGAGAGUUACUCUUGUGGCUACAAACCGUAUCGCUGUGAGGUAUGUAACUACAGCACAACUACCAAGGGAAACCUCAGCAUACACAUGCAGUCAGACAAACACCUCAACAAUGUACAGGAGCUGGCAAACGGGGGUGAGGUCAAAAUGCCACCCCAGCAGCCCAUUCAAACUGAGGCUGCAGUACAACAGAUGAAGAAGAACAAACCCAAACCAACGUGGAAAUGUGAUGUCUGUAACUACGAAACGAAUGUGGCGCGGAAUCUCCGGAUACACAUGACCAGCGAGAAGCACACGCACAACAUGAUGGUUCUUCAGCAAAACAUGAAACAUAUGCAACGUGACAUGCAGAUCCAACAACUGAACCAGUUGAUGCUCUUGCAGAAUGAUCCCUCAUUCCUGGCCGGCAUGUCAUCUCCUAUGACCUCCCAAGGGAACAUUCCCUUUGGCUAUGACCAGAGCAUGAUGAUGGCAAAUAUGCAAGGACCUUAUGGAGAAAUCCCAAUGGACCUGCGAAAAGAAAAUGGGGGUAUGGGCGUAGCUUUUGACCCUCAGACCCCAGACGCUGCAAGAAUGUAUUCCUGCUGUGUUUGUAACUCCUACGCAACUGACUCCCUUGAAUCUCUGCACCAGCAUUUACAGCUUGACCGCACCAAGCAGCGUGAGCAGGAAAACAUCAGUGUGUCCCAGGGUACUUACAUGUGUAGUCUGUGUACCUACAAGACCAAUCUGAAGGCCAACUUCCAGCUCCACUGCAAGACGGACAAACAUUUGCAGCGACUUCAGCUCGUCAACCACAUCAAGGAGGGCGGGGCCAGUAAUGAGUGGCGACUCAAGUACCUAAAUGUCAGUAACCCAGUACAGGUCCGCUGUAACUCAUGUGACUACUAUACCAACAGUAUCCACAAGUUGCAGAUCCACACAGGUAAUCCACGCCAUGAGAGCAAUGCCCAGCUCUUCGUCCACCUCCAGAUGUGUGAGUCAAAACUCAACGCCAAGUCCAAGUACUACUACUGCAGUCUGUGUAAAUUCUCCACCCGCGCCAAACUCAACCUCAUCCAGCAUGUCCGAUCUCUCCGCCACCUGCGCAGUGAGGGCAUCAAACAGAUGCAGAUGAAAGAGGACGGUCAGGUGGACAUCGACCCCGGUGAAAUCUACAUGGUCAAGGAGUAUGACGAGGCCAAAGACAAAAUCGUGUUUGAUGAUGAAGAUGGGGAAGGCGAGGGAGAGGAGACUAGAGCUGUAGUCCACGACAAUGAACUACAGGAGAGAAAAGCUGAUACUCCCGGUCUGUACAAUAACAACAACCCUACCACAAAGUCUGUCACCGUCAACUCCACCAGUACGCCAGAGUCCAGUAACACUGAAGGAGGAGAGGAACACAUCCAUGUAUGUCCCUACUGCGACUACAGCAGUGUGAACGAGGUGCGACUCCAGGCCCAUAUUUUAUCCCAGCAUUCACAGCAACCCAAGGAAAUUUGCUGUCCCCUGUGUCAGGUAGAAUUCAAGGAAAAGGCUCGCCUUGAAAAGCAUCUCACGUCCAUGCACAACGUCAAACCAGAGGGACUUCAUCGUCUGCUUUUGAUGGUCGACAAAGGUGAUUGGAUCAUGCCUCCCACAAAUGCCAUCGGGCAGUCUUCCAUCAUUCCUCAACUUCCUGUCGAUGAGUCGGAGGAGAUAAACAUGGAAGCUCUGGAGGCUGAAGCUGCCAAGAUUGCGGCAGAAGAUGCUAUUGACACCUCUGCGGCUGCUGACAAGAUUAAUGAUGAUGAUCAAUACCGAUGUCAAACCUGUUCAAAGACUUUUUGUAACAUUGAUGCUCUGUAUGCUCACCAAAAUGAGCUUGGACAUUUAGAACUCAAGCAAACACCCAGGGGACCAGGAUACUUGUGUUGGAAAAAGGGUUGUAACCAGUACUUCAAAACAGCCACAGCAUUACAGGUCCACUUCCGUGAAAUCCAUGCCAAAAGGCAACCUGGCACUGGACUUGAAAGCCAAUUGUAUAAAUUCAGGUGUAAUCAGUGUAGCCUUGCUUUCAAAUCUCCUGAUAAGCUCCAGCUUCAUCAACAAUAUCACCUCAUCCGUGCUGCAACCAGGUGUAACUACUGUGCACAUUCGUUCUGCUCUAUAGCUGCAUUAAGGAAACACAUUGAAACUGAUCACACGGAACUAUCAGAGGCUGAAAGGGAGCAACACAGUGCUCUUCUGAAUGAAAGUUCAGCAGCUUUGACCAACUUAAUGCAGACUUCAAGGCUGGAGAAGGUUCUGGGUGGUGGCUGUCCAUCCUCUCCCACUGAGGGCAUGACAAGUGGAGUUCUUAAUUCAGAGGAGUCUCCAGAUAUGGCAACAGAUUGUACAAAGACUGAUGUGAAUUCCAAUGAGACUGGAGAGAAAGGCUUAGUUAAGUCAGAAAUAAUGGACACAAGUUCCAAUGAGGGGAUCAACCUCUCUAUGGACAACGGUGAUGAGAAUAGUGCAAGUUCUCCUGAAAGUUGUACAAAGGAGGAUGGUAUGGAUGUGAACUACAAAGAACAGCAAUUCCUGGAGGACUAUAUCAACAGCCAGGCCAUUGCUGAGGGUAGCUAUGAGGAUCCCUCACGCAAAUACAAAUGUCAUCGUUGUAAAUUAGCAUUUACUAAACAAAACUAUCUCACAGCUCAUAACAAGACCUUGCUUCAUCGUCGUGGGGACAAGCUAAGUUACCCCAUGGAGAAAUACCUGGACCCCAACAGGCCAUACAAAUGUGACGUGUGUAAGGAGUCGUUCACUCAGAAAAACAUCCUACUGGUACACUACAACUCUGUGUCCCAUCUUCACAAGCAUCGUCAAGUGUUACAGCAGGGAGGUUCUACCUCCUCAGCAUCAUCCCAAUCACCCCAGCAACCACAGACGCCACAGCCUCCUCCAACCCCCACAGAGACCAUAACCACCUCAUCAGAUCCUUCAUCGCCUAGCAACCCAACCUCAGUGUCACCUGUGUUAGCAGAUUCUGACAAAUCCAAGCCAUACAAGUGUAAUAUUUGUAAAGCCUCGUACAGUCAAGGGUCAACACUAGACAUUCAUAUCCGGUCAGUGGCCCAUCAGACCAAGGCAUCCAAGCUUCAGGAACUUGUACUGACUGGACAAGUGGAUUUGUCUCAGCCUCUCAUUGAACAGCCCAAUGACAAGAACAUCUCCCCUCAGCAUCAAAAGAAGAUCCUGGCUGAGAUACUGCAGCAACAGCCCAUCAUGUCUGCCAGUAGUAGCCAGCCACUGAUAUUCCCAGGUAUCACAGCAGGCAUUUCUGGUAUCACCACUGGACUUCCACCUAUGUCUUUACUUCCUGGACUGCACCACGUCGUCACGACAACAGCACAGAACGGUUCAUUGUUAGAAUCUGUGUCUAGUCAACACUUCUUAUCUGCAAAAACAUCGCCAAACGAAACCACAACAUCGUCAUCAUCCAAUCAUCACAACAACUGCCAAGAUUCACCAUUGUCAUCGAAUAUCAAGAAAGAAAAGGGUCUAAGCAUUAAGAAGGAUCUGGAAAGUUCUGACAGCAUUACAUCCAUACCAUUUAGUGUUCAGUCUCAGCAGCACCAACAGUUGGUGAUGCAAUCCUACCUCAGUCAGCAGGGUCCAAACCCUGGUCCCAUGGCCAUAGCAACCCAGUCCCAGGCAGCCAUCAUGAGGCCACGUAACUUUGCCAGUCGUUUGAAGACUCAGGUCCAGAGGAACCUUUUGGAAAACAUAGGAUUUGAAUGUGUGAUGCACUUCAAUGAGUUCAACCAACGCACAAAGCCUGUAAUGAAAAUAGAUGAGGAGGAAGUGGAAGGAGAGAAGAAAGAAAAGGAAAUGGAGGUGGACCAUGAUGAAAUGGUUACUGUUAAAACUGAGAAGGAGGAAGAGGUUGCUGAUUCUUACCUGUCUGACUUACCUGAGCUUAACAAGUGUGUGUGCAGCACGUGUCUGAAGGAGUUCUCUAGUGUGUGGGUGCUCAAGGCUCACCAGGAGGAGGUCCAUAAGGAAGUUGUCCCCAUUGACAUGAUUGAGGACUUCGGGGAGAAAUUCAGAUGUGAUUUGGAAAAGAAGCAACCUAAGGAGACAGACGUUGUGCCCAUUCCUUCUUUCCAGUCGGAGAUGUCAAAUGGUGCACAAAGCAAUGAGGCACCAAAUGACAAUAACUCUAGUCAUGAGAUGCCCCCUCCUCCUCCACCCCCUCCCCAGAUGAGCCCACACAUGGACCUUUCAUCAAUCAUGCCAAUGCACAUGCCAUUUGCCAUGGCAAUGAAUAUGCCCUUUGCUAUGGCAAUGAACAUGCAGCCUCCACUCAUGCCAAUGAUGUUCCCACUUGGAACAGAGAAAAUGAUGUCCCCGGCAACGAGUCAAUCUGAGAACAAUUUGCAACAACUACAAAAACAGCAGCAGCUUGCUCAACAUGCUGCGGCCAUGCAGAACCAGAAGAGAGCUCGCACCAGGAUAAAUGACGAACAGUUAAAAAUUCUCCGUAAACAUUUUGACAUCAAUAACUCACCAAGUGAGGAGCAGAUACUGCAGAUGUCAGAACAGUCCGGACUUCCUACAAAGGUCAUCAAACAUUGGUUCAGGAACACGCUGUUCAAGGAAAGACAACGGAACAAGGACUCCCCAUACAACUUUAACAAUCCACCGUCAACCACACUAGACCUAGAGGAGUAUGAAAAAACAGGAAAACUCCCAAUGAUGGAAGAUAAAUUACUCGAUGAUGAAGUUAUAAAGAAAGAAGAUGAGGAUGACAUGCAAGUUCCCAUGGAAACAAAACUUUCACCCUUAGAUGUCACUCCUAUUAUUCCUAAUCCACUGCCACUGUCACUUCCACUACCACUUCCACUACCAAGCAUCCCAGAGAUAAAGACUGAGCCGCGCAGUGUAGAGCCUCCGCGGCCUCAGACUCCAGAGAUGAGCGACAGUGGUGAGAGUAUGAUAAGUAUGUCUGGAGCGCCAUCAAUGACAUCAACACCAACUCCAAACGCAUUCAUUCUACCUCCCAUUGCUCCUUGUAACACUGAGGAAAUCCGACCUCGAUUUGAAUCAUCAUCAUCAUACUCCAAAAGAGCUAACCGGACACGGUUCAGCGACUAUCAGGUUAAAGUGUUACAGGAAUAUUUUGAACAGAAUGCUUAUCCAAAGGAUGAUGAACUUGAUCACUUGUCAAACAUCCUGAACCUCAGCCCAAGGGUGAUUGUGGUAUGGUUCCAAAAUGCCAGACAGAAAGCAAGAAAAAUCUAUGAGAACCAGCCACCAUCUGCAUCUGAUACAAGUCAGGAAAAUCAAGCUUCACCCUACAACAGAACUCCUGGUCUCAACUACCAGUGCAAAAAGUGCUCGGCUGUAUUUCAACGAUACUAUGAUCUGAUUCGCCACCAGAAAAAGUCGUGUAGCUCAGAUCCUAGUGAGAAGUCACAGACAUCCAUAAGUAUGACUGAGGACGACAGCGGCGACUCGUGGUCCACCUUUUCACAAGACGAUGCCAACCAAUCAGAAUCUGGCUCUGCCAACUCCCUAGAACAUUCCGCAGACAGAGAUUCAGAAGGAAUUAAGUACAAAUGUGAGAAAUGUUUGCUAUCAUUUGAAAGGUUUGACCUUUGGCAAGAGCACCAGAAUGUUCAUACCAUGAAUCCGAGUCUGUUCUCCGACCUUCAGUCAAACAGUGCUUUUGGUGUACUGCAGUCAAUGGCUGCUGCCCAGCAGCAAGAAACAAAAAACGUGCUCAAGAGAAAAUUGGAGGAAGAACGAGAGGAGGACAUGUACGAUCAACCGAGGGACAAACGUUUACGCACCACAAUUCUCCCAGAACAACUUGAUUACCUGUACCAGAAAUAUCAAUUGGAUUGCAAUCCCAGUCGCAAACAGCUUGAAAACAUUUCCAAAGAUGUUGGUCUAAAAAAGCGUGUUGUGCAGGUCUGGUUUCAGAAUACCCGGGCAAGAGAACGCAAGGGCCAAUACCGUGCUCACCAGCAGCUGAUUCACAAACGCUGCCCGUUCUGUCGUGCAUUGUUCCGUGCAAAAUCAGCAUUGGAGUCUCAUCUUGCGACCAAGCACCCAGAGGAAAUGGCAAAGGGUGAAAUCAACAUUGAUGCCAUUCCUGACGCAGCCAUCGAGAGUCCAGGUGGUUCUCAACUCUCCCCUGGCUCCCUCAUGUCCCCGAGCCUCAUGUCCCCGAGCGCAAACUCUGUCGAGCUUAACCGCCUCAUGUCACCACCCAGAAUGCAGUCCUUCCUUCCCAUCAUGCCACCAUCCAGCAUGCCAAUGGGAAUGACUUCUCUUGGCGAUCCUCUACAGCUUUCAAUGAAACAGUUCUAUGAGGAUUCAUUCAAGAAAUACAUGACUGAGUUGAGUACUACUGGUCGUCAGAAAGAGGCUUCUGUUACGACACCAACAGAAUCAAUGCCCACACCUUCCAAGCACGAGACUAGUAGCAGCAGUAGUAGCAACCCCCGACUAAACAGCAGUACUAGCGAUUAUGAGGCACCACUUGACCUCAGCAAGCCUCUAAGGGUCAAUACUGACACAGAGAAGUCUUCUGACGGUGCCUCAACAGACCUUAGUGACAGAAGUACAGAGGGAUAUAGUUCAUCUCGCAGGUCAGACGAGAUGUUCACCAGCAAACAUUCCCUAAACGAUAGUUUUAUGAGUAACAAGGAAGGGAACAGAUCGACAUCUCCCUCUCUUGAGAGAUCCGCUCACCUGACCCCACCCAUGGGUAAACGCUAUCGCACCCAGAUGACAAGUGUGCAAGUGCGUAUCAUGAAACAGAUCUUCAUUGACUACAAGACUCCAACAAUGGCUGAAUGUGAGAUGUUAGGAAGAGAGAUAGGUCUGCCGAAGCGUGUGGUGCAAGUUUGGUUCCAGAAUGCCCGUGCGAAGGAAAAGAAACAUAAGUUGACCAUAGGUAAUAGUUACAGCAAUGUGGACUUCCACAAGCCCCCAGAGGAAUGUUCUUUGUGUAAAUUUAAAUAUUCCCACAAAUAUACAAUCCAGGACCACAUCUUUACCAAGAAGCACAUAGAAAAAGUAAAGGGCUUCGUUCAGAACCAGUCGGAUAGUGAACGUGACAUUACCUCGCAUUCGCCCAUCUCUGACCCGAUACGGCAGCAGAGAGACAUGGAGAGGAUGAGGAAGGCAUGGGAUGAAGCUACAGUAGCGGCAGCCUCCCAACCUCACCUGUCACAGCUCCAGGCCAUGGGACUCAACGCACUGGGACUACCCUCCGGAUCCAUGUCAGGCUUUAGUGGGUCAUAUAUACCUAAUGACCUUAUGCCGGAUGUGAAAAAACCAGAGCCCAAGAAAUCUUCUGAAAAGAGUGCUGACAAGAGGGAGGGAGGCAAAAGGACACCAGUUAAGAAGGAGCCAACCUCCUCUGCGGACGUGCAAAUGUCCCUAGCCAACCUGAGUGCCCACCUGAUGUCCCCGAUGGCUGGCAUGUUGCCGGGGUUUGACCCUAACAUGAUGCCAUACAUGUAUCCCGGGUUACCUAGUUACCUCCCAGGCAUGGGUAUUCCCUUCCUACAGCCUGGACUUAUCCCUGGUGCAGACCCAUUGUUACCGUAUGAUCCCCUCACAUUUGGAACACCUCUACCUUUACUCCAAAUUCCACAUCAAGCCAUAAAAGAUGUUGGUGUUAAACUGAUGGAACCCAAGGCAACGAUUGCUCAAUAUACACAGGACUGCAAGUCCAUCUCGAGUCUGCGCUCUCUGGUGCGUGGUGUGGACUACAGCUGUGCGCGCGAGUCCACUGUCGAUGUGGGCUAUAUCUGUAAGAAAUGCCAAAUGGUGUACCCUGCCAAAGAGGCAUGCGUCACGCAUCAGAGAACCAUGUGCUUCCCGGGCGGCAAAUAUCCAGACAAUGUGAACCCAAUGCUGAAACUGGAGCAGAUUCAGUACGAAUGCCGACUAUGUACUGACACAUUCUCCACUGUACAGGAGUACAAGUCUCACUGUCAACUUGACUCACACAUGGCCAAAACAGCACGUCUCACACAGAAAUCAUCCUCAUCGUCAUCAUCGUCGUUGGCCAGUGUGGUCAAACCAGUAGACAGUGGUUUAUCGUCCGAGAAAAACAUCACCAGGCCAUUAAGUACAAAGUCUCCAAGCUCUUCCAAUAACUUAUCAUCCUCCCCUUUGCCAAAAGCUGAUGCAAGUUUAAAUAUAUCAGGUUCCAGUAGUGUAGUUGAGGAUACAGCGGAGGAGAUGAACACAGACUAAAUAAACGUGGGCAUCCUGUCACAGACUUUUUUGGUCUAUCCCUAGCGGUUUUUUUCUUCUAUUUUUUUUUUAGUUGCUUUAAGCAAAGUGCUGUAAUAUUUCCAAUGCUGUGAAUGAAUUAUGAACAUUGACCUUUAAUCUUGAUGUAGUUGUGAACAUAUCGUGACAGUUGUAGGUGAUGUCAGUCGUGGACAUUUCUGUUAUAGGUCCUACUUAUGUUUAAAUGUUCUAUAGUAUCUCAUAUUAAAUAUGGAGAUUAUGUUAAUAUGUUAUAUGAUAAUGUUUAUAAUUAUCAUCAUAUUUUUAAUUUUUUUUUUAGAUACAUUUAAAUUGUGGUAGAGAAAGACAAUGCUAAAGUAGAGAUAUGUAAAAUUAGCCUCAAUUAUUAUAAUUAAAUCAAUAAUUUUCAUAAAAUUUUUAUACAUAUUUACAAGUAGUGAAUAAUCGUCACUGAAAGUAGGCAAUAUAAUGAAAUUAUAAUACAUAUAUAUAUCUAUAUGAUUAAUAAGUAGAGUAUUAUAACCUUGUAGCGGGUUAGCUACCAUUGUAGAGAUUUUUGUGUAGAAGAACUUAACCACACACCAUAUUUCAUGAGUUUAGAGAAAAAUAAAAAUUGAGAAAUUUACCCAAGAGGCUGAAGUUGUUAUCAAAAGAAAUACACGUAUAUGAAAUGUAUAAAAUCAGUUGACCUUCAUGUAAAAGCAGCUAUAAAUAUUUGUACUGGUACAAUAUCAGGGCUCCCUGUUUGUCAGCAUCAGUACCGAUAGCCGAGCAUUUUAUCAUCUCCGUCAGCUAAGGGAGACAACACAAUGAUUAUACUACGGUGUUGUGAGAGAAACAGAAAGUUGGUUCAAUAUUGCCAUUUACUCCGAUAAGCAUUUUACACACUAAAAGUUGUUCAAUUAUUGUCAUUUAAGAAAACAUGUUUAAGUCUUUUUAAGGGUGUUCAUAAAGUCUUCAAAAGGUUCCACUAUCUAACCUACAUUAUCCUUUAUGUCAUGCUUUUAGAUUGUUUUGACAUUUUGUUGAUGAAUCCUAUAGAUUUGUUUAUUUACAACUUAUAGGCUGGUCCGCCCCUCUGGUCUGCCAGUUUCCCGCUGUUUUUCAGAAUCUUGGUUCUAUAAAUAGUUUUACGACUCUGUAGAGGUCAUUAUACACUUGUUAACUAUAUGGUUUUUUUCUAUCUUUGUAGUCUGUAGUAAAAUAAUGUUUCAGAUUUCAAAGAGUACAAAAAGUAUCUAUAACUACAACAAGAGUGAAUACAUGUAGCCAGAUCUAAUGUAUCCUAGUAUCCGGUGUGGUGUGUCCAUGACAUGAGAAUUCUGUUGUCACCAUCAAUUAUGUUGCCUAAACAGAUAGUUAUACCAUUAGAAACAAUAGGCACCAUUCAUCAAACAGGUAUCUCUUUUGUUGAGAUUAUCUUAAGAAAAUAAUUAAACAGAUUACUUUCAUAAACUGAAAUACUUUAAAGCAUUAAAAUAGAAAUUUUAUACAUUGUUGAAACUUUUUGUGCACUCUGAAUGCUGAAGUAGAUGCAUUUUGUAUGAUCACUGUGUCCCCUCUAUAGUAGGUUAUGGUGCUGUAUGUUACAUACAAUUGAAUUGGUCAGAACAGAGUUGUGUGUAUGUUAUCUGUGACUGGAUUGGUCAAACUAAAUAUAUCUUAAACAGAUUGGUUGAUGCAGUUUUAUCUGUAUAUUAUGUAUGACUUGAUUGGUUGAUACAGAUGUAUCUGUAUGUUACGGAUGGCCUGAUUGGUCAACACAGAGGGGUGCCAGUUAUUAUUAGUGUUCUAUAUGGAUCUUCUUCUAUUGUUGAUACCUUUGUUAUUGAACAAGAUCGUUGUUAUUUUUUCCUGUUUUACUAUAUCUACAUUGUGAUCAUUUAUAAUUAAAUUUAAAUUCAUCUUGAUAGUCAGAGCGCCAGUGAUAAAAAGUUUUAUUCCUAGUUGAAGGUUUGUCAUAUAUGUUGAUAGAUAUAACCCUGUAUGUCAUCCACAUUUUUUUCUGUUACCCUAGUAACAGUUCUUUGUUCCAUGUCAUCCAUAAUUGAUCCCUAAAUGUAUAAAUUGUAACGUCUUUAAUCCUUGUAAUCCCCACAUCAGGAUAUUGAUGAGCCCCAGUCCCUGCAAUAUUGCAAUGUUGUGUAUUCUUCCCCAACCCCAUCCCCUCUUAUAAUCCCCAUUUAUGAAAAACUUUUUUCUUUAAAAAAAAUAUAUCUUUAGACAUUAUCGAUAUGAGCUUGUAGUUGGCCAUUUGUGAAGCUAACGUAGCAAGAUUAGAUGUUGAUCGUGUAUAUAAGUAUUUGUUUUAGAACAUAUCUACAACCCCAUGUAUGUGUGUCGUAUGUAAGUAAUCAGUACGUAUGUACUUGUAUGAUAGACAGACCACAUAUCUUACAUUAAUAUCUUAUACUUCCAUUUAUAAUCAUUCAUUGAUGAACUGCCCAGAUUAAUCAUUGUUUAUUUCCAAUAUCAUUAUCAUGUAUACGGUUAGCCUGUUAUAAUGUCGCUGGGCAUGGCUGGUUGAUUAUUAGAAUGAUUGUAUAUUAGAUUGAUGAGUAAUUGAGAUGUAUACCUACAUGUAUAUAUAUUGAUAAAUUAGGGUAACGCAAUGGUGAUGAUGUAAUAUUAUUAUGAAGUACCGAAUCGGAUCUCAGAUCGACCAUUUUUUUCUCUCUCUUGUAUAAUUAUGAUUUUGACCUUGUGAAGUGAAAUCCUAACCUAUCCCUUUUCAUUCUGUAGCCUUUGACCUUUGAUCAACUUGUAGUUUCUCAAUUUGACCUUUGACCCUUACAAUAUAUAGUCCCCAUGUAAUUGUAUUUGUCUGUUUAUGCAGACAGAACAUGCCAUUCUUCUGGAAUAGGGGAUAUCAGGUACUGUACACUUCAGGAAUCGUGUAAAGCGUAAUUGUACUAUAUGUAGCUGUGUAUAAUUGUCUGUUAGAAUGAUGUUAAAUACUUCCUUUACAUAUAUAAAUUUAACUUUUUUUCAUUUAUUCAUUAUAGCAUUUCAAAGUCCUUUUUUGGGGAAAUUCCUAUAUUUAGUUGUAGGGACAAAUAAAGUCCGCCGAGUAUCUGCCAUCUUGUACGGUACUUAUUUAGAUUCCCCCCUUUUAUCCCUGACAUCUUGACAAUGAACUCUACUUUCCAUUGUCUAGGGCCAAACUAUAACAGAUGUUGGGGAUCAAAGGGUGGCAUGUUAGAUCAUUUUUAGACUGUCUAUAGGAGUUUUUUUCGUUACAAAUUGCAAUCUCAUAGCGUUGUUACAUUGUUGUAUCUAUGUUAAACCUCAAGUUAAGGUGCUGAUCGCAAGUUACCCCGUAGGAAAAAAGCUUACAACGUUCAUCACAUUGUGACUUUUUUCUGCUUUUUUAUUUCUGUUCUAGUUUUUUUUUCUGAUGGACAGAAUACAAUUUUGUUCUAUUGAAUUAUAUUUGUUUUGCUAUAUGUAGCAAGCAAGCAGUCAAUGUUUUAUUAAACUUUUUGUCCUUUUUUUGGGUACUGUUGACUGUUUUAGACAUUUUAAGAGAAAGUUACAUGUAGUCUGCUUUGCAAAUAUAAAGGAAGAAAAUAAAUAUAUCAUAAUGAUA